UUAGUAUGAAUUCAAUAAAAAAACCACAAGUAAAUGAUACAGUAUAUAUAUACAUUUCUAUAUAUACAAGGUUGUUGACCAAGUAAUUAUGAAUAAUUAUGAGUGGAGUGGGAAUAUAUAUAUGUUAUACGUUGAUGAGAAGUUGAGGGAUUGGGAAACGAAUGGGUUGUUCAGAGCUGAAAUACGCAUGGCCUUGUAGCGUGAACGUAGCAAACUUCGUGACGGUAAGGCCGAGCGUGGAGGAAGAUGAAAGAGGCAAUUUCAAGAACUGGAAAGAGCAGAUGGUUUGCCUGCUGGAGAGCCAGGACGUGGCGGGGUUCGUCGACGGUGAAAUCGUGGCUCCGGAGAAACACGAGGCUGAGCAGUGGAAGCUGUGGAGAAGAACGGACAGGCUCGUCAAAGGAUGGAUUUUAGGAUCGGUGGGGACGGACGUGCUUGACGCAGUGCGGGACAAGGAAACUGCAAGGGACGUAUGGCUAGAAUUGGACGACAUUUUCAAACCACAAGAAGAAGAUGAAGAUAAUGAUGAUGAUGAUGAUGAUGAUGAUUCGGACAGUGAGAGUGGUGAAGAUUUUAGCAAAUAUUUGGCACUAUACCAAGCAGCAAUGAAAGGCGAGUGGGACACCGCCAAGAAUUUCUUCGAAGAUAUAAACGAAUUAAGCAGCAGCAUUAUCAGUUCGGAGUCAGAAACAGUUCUCCACGUAGCCGUAUUGACCGGAAAAGCAAACGAUUUGGUGCAAAAGUUGGUGGAAAUGAUGCCAGUCGAGGCGUUGGCCCUCAAGGACUCCGUUGGAGAGACGGCCUUGCACAAUGCCGCGACUGUCGGAAAUACAGAAGCAGCACGUGCUUUGGUUAAGAAGAAUCCGGAUUUGCUACACAUGUUGAGUAACAGCAAUCGAUUGCCAGUGCUGGAAGCAGCCAUAAAUUGCCAAAAGGAAACGCUAGAGUACUUGAUAGGUGAGCACGAGGCCAACGCCGAGCUUAACCCCUUGUUUGAGGGCCAACGAGGCGACGAGCUGUUGAAUGCAAUAAUAACUUCUGAAUUUGUUGAUAUUGCAUUGGAUUUGGCUCACAAGUACCCAAAUUUGACAUUAAUAAGAAACGAGAAUGACGGCAGAUCGGCACUAUCAACAAUUGCUGAAACGGAUACCUUAUUCCCAAGGACAGAUGCUUUCACCUGGUGGCAAAAGUUUAUUUACCAUCGCAUUCCUAUAAAAAUUUCUAAAUCAGAAGCUGGUCACACGAGAUAUGUAACCCAUGACAUUGAAAAUUUAAACAGCGAUGGCGCAGCGCAGAGGAAAUACUCCACUUCGUCUCAGAUUAUCUCUCAAGUAGGGAAGAAGCUGGAAUCCAUGGUUUGGCAUGUCAUCGAAACUUUAGUGCCUCAAGUGAAGGAGAUGAGGGAGAAGAAAGCACGGCGUCAACAAGCACUGCAACUGGUGAAAUACUUGUGCAACAAAGUAGUGUCUUUGCCUGAAAAUAAAGCUGCAACUAUAUUUCGGAUAUCUAUUAAGCUGGCGGCCAAGUACGGCAUCAGUGAGAUCGUGGAAAUGGUGAUACACAAAUUUCCAAUGGUCACUUUCCAUAGAGAUUCUGACACCGGCAGGAAUGUAUUCCUUCUGGCAGCCAGUUAUCGCUUCGAGAAUGUCAUCAACCUCUUCUACAAUAUGAGUGACCGCAGAUACAUGUUUUUCGACUCCACAGACGAUGAGAAGAACAAUUUACUGCACAUUUGUGGAAAGCUCGCCCCUUCCGACAGACUCAAUCUUGUUGCCGGUGCCGCUCUACAGCUGCAGCGUGAAUUACAGUGGUUCAAGGAGAUGGAAAAUUUUGUCCAUCCUUCACGCAGAACAUGGACCAACAACGACAAGCUGACUCCACAGAUGCUAUUCACAAAGGAGCACGAGAAGUUGAAAGCUGACGGGGAGAGGUGGAUGAAAGACACGGCUAACGCGUGCACCAUCGCGGCAGCGCUGAUUGCAACGGUCGUGUUUGCUGCAGCUUUCACGGUUCCUGGUGGGAUCGAGUCUGCAUCGGGCAUGCCGCUGCUGUCGAGCCAGCCUACGUUCGUGCUGUUUGCGGUGUCGGACGCCAUAUCCUUGUUCACCUCCAUCACGUCUCUGCUGAUGUUCCUCUCCAUCCUGACUUCACGAUACGCGGAGCAAGACUUCCUAUACGUUCUGCCCAAGAGGUUAAGCAUGGGUCUUCUGAGCCUGUUCGUGUCCAUUACGUUUAUGCUGGUCGCCUUUAGCGCUACGCUGUAUCUGGUGCUUGAAGAAGACGUGGCGUGGUUUGUGGUGCUUGUGGCGGCCUUCGCUUCCUUGCCGGUAACAUCAUUCGUGCUGCUGCAAUUCCCACUGCUUGUAGAUGUCAUCUAUUCUACUUAUGGCCCUGGUAUUUUCGGAAAGAAGACCAAUCGUCUUCUCUAUUAAUCAACCAUACAACUGUCGUUGCUUGACUUUCAUACUCUUCAUAAGAAUAGUUAUUUACUAAUCCCACGCACAUGUUCUUCUCUUAAGAAUAAGUGGUUUCUACUUCUUUUCUUUGCUAUAUUCCCAAAAUUGUAUUUGUAUAAUCAAUGGGUUUUGUUUUUUA